AUGUCUUCGUCUGAGAUAAACAAGAACGAGGUUGACAUUGUCAUCGGAGCUCUCAACGCUGACCUAACACAGUUUCUCAACAGCUGGAGACCCUUUUUCACCGGUUUCCAUCUGAUCAUCGUCAAAGACCCUGAGCUCAAGGAGGACCUCAACAUACCUGAAGGCUUUGAUGUAGACAUCUACUCAAAGCCCGACAUGGAGAAAGUCGUGGGAGCAUCCAAUGCCACCAUGUUCUCUGGCUAUUCCUGCAGAUACUUCGGUUAUCUCGUAUCUAAAAAGAAGUACAUUGUCUCUAUUGAUGAUGACUGUGUCCCUGCUAAAGAUCCCAAGGGGUUACUAGUGGAUGCUGUCUCUCAGCAUGUGAGCAACCUUGAGAAUCCUGCAACGCCUCUCUUCUUCAAUACCCUUUAUGAUCCUUACUGCGAGGGAGCUGAUUUCGUGCGUGGAUACCCUUUCAGUCUUAGAAGUGGUGUUCCUUGUGCUGCUUCAUGUGGACUUUGGCUUAACUUGGCUGAUCUUGAUGCUCCAACGCAAGCUCUCAAGACAGAGCAGAGGAACACUUCGUAUGUUGAUGCGGUUAUGACCGUCCCUCUCAAGGCUAUGUUACCGGUAAGCGGGAUCAACAUUGCUUUUAACCGUGAGUUGGUGGGACCAGCUUUGGUGCCUGCGCUUAGAAUUGCUGGAGAAGGGAAAGUGAGGUGGGAAACGCUUGAAGAUGUUUGGUGCGGGAUGUGUCUGAAACAUAUCUCUGAUCAUUUGGGGUAUGGUGUGAAAACCGGAUUGCCUUAUGUGUGGAGGAACGAGAGAGGAGAUGCGGUUGAGAGUUUGAGGAAGAAAUGGGAAGGAAUGAAGCUGAUGGAGAAGAGUGUUCCGUUUUUUGACUCUUUGAAACUGCCUGAGAGUGCACGUACCGUUGAAGAUUGUGUGGUUGAGCUUGCUAAAGCAGUGAAAGAGCAGUUGGGUUCAGAUGAUCCUGCCUUCACUCAAGCUGCUGAUGCUAUGGUCAAGUGGGUCCAGCUCUGGAAGUCUGUUAACUCCAGCGGCUGAAGCUGAACUCGUGAAUCUAUGUCCUGAGGUUAGGUUCCUUUUAUCACUUUUAAGCUUAUUAAUAUCAUGUCUCAGGGAUUUAUCAUCAUGUUUAUUUCUCUUUUUUUUUAUCUAAUUAUAAGCAUGCUUUUGUGAGACUUUUCAAUAAUGUAAACCUUGACUUAUGAAACCCA